AUGACUAGCACUGAGAGAUGUAGGAAAUGUCGUGCAAAGUUAAAACUAGACAAAAGUAAACAUGAACAAUCAAAACAGAAAGAUAGAGAAAGAAAGAAACGUGAACGUGCUAAACAGAAAGAACACGCUAGAAAUAAUGAAACAUUGAAAAGGGAACUGAAGAUAAGAAAGUGUGAGGAAAUGCAAAGGUAUAGGGCUAAAAAGAAGCAACAGAAAACACAUAAAACAAUGAAUAUUGUCAACAGUACAGCCAGAAAGAUGGUUAUAUCACUAAAAGAGAAGCAAGCAGAAGAUAGAAAGCAGAGAGCAGUGUUAAGAACACAAAAUUGGCGUCUGAGAUUAAAGCUUAAAGAAAGUAGCACAAAACAAGGAGAAUCCAUUAGAAAUGUGGACACAAAUGCACAAACUGAAAAUGAAAGCAACAUUGAUCUUCAAUCUGAUAAUGAAAACAAUAAGGACAUUCAAAUAGGAACUGAAAAUAACACUAACAUUCAUGGAGUAAAGGAAAACACCAGUAGUGCAAAAUUUCCCUUCACAUUAAGGUGGUCUGAACACCGUGCUUUGAAACGAGUCAAAGAGACCUUACCAACCACACCGGCAAAAAGAGCAAGACUGGUAGAGAAACUAGCCACAUCACCAUCAACAAAUGAGCUACUCAAAGAGAAAGGGAUUCUUACUUCUCCAAAAUUGAGAGAAAUGGCUGUCAUUGGAGAAUCUGUAAUGGAAACUGUGUCUAGUCUAAAUAGUACACCAGUCGGUCAAAGUCAAAGUACACAAAAAACGGAAAAGAAACAUGCCAAGAGAACACUAGCCUACGUUGUGAAUGAAAGUGCAACUAAACUUAAAAAGAAAAGAACAUUUCAGAUGAAAACUCAAAAACACUGA